AUGAAGUCCAUCAUCGGGGUUGCUCUCCUCUCUCUUUUUCCUACCGGGGCCUUGUGCCUCUCCAAGCGCUCCUGCACAUCCUUCGAACCCCAAGGACAGUACGGGAACAAAGGGUACACCAUGCCCUCACCGAGGACAUUUCGCACAUCGGAAUACAUCAACUGUACCACGGAGCUAGCUCGCAAAGAGGGAAAUAAUGAAGUCUGUGAGGUUGACCGAUACACCAUGGGCCUCACACUCAACUCGACCGUCAACGUCUCCGUCUCGGACAUCCAACCGGUUCUAGACGCAGUGAAGGAAGCCGCAGCGUCGGAUACGAGAGCCAAGAUCAACCUGAACGAGACCGUCUUGACACCAUACAGGGUCACAAAGCCAGGCAUCCCGGCAGGUGAGGCAGGGUACUUGGCCUUUACGCCCAUCAUGCGAUGCUGGGAGGGUUUGCUAGGAGACUGCUCCGACGACGAUGAGAAGCUGAACGGGACUACAAUUGAGGCUUGCGGAUAUGAAUACGAGGACCAUCGUGCAAUCGGCCCUGACCAGCUGAUUGUUGGUAAGGAGAAUGUUGUUCAAAGUAACUCGGACGAAUUGAAGGGAAAGCCGCAGCCCACAUGGGAAGAAGUUCAGGAGAAGGCUGAGAAGAAUAAGGACGACGAUAAAGAUAACUCGGCUUCUUCUCUGAUGGGGAAUGUCCUGGGAUCUGGAAUCUGGGGCUGUGUUGUCUGGACUGUGAUUGGAACUUUGUGGGGGCUCAUGUGA